AUUCAUGUAUUUUCAGUGAACAAUGUUAUUAUUGCACUCAUAUUUAACGAUUAUCAAUUAUUAACGUAGUUUUAAUCAUCAAACCCUUUUAAAAUAAGUCCUAAAUUGGCCAUUGAAAGAAGUCCAAUAAUGAUGAGACGUAUUAUGAAAAGUGAAUCUCUUUUGUCUUCUGUUUUGAUCUAAUGGAUGGAUGGUCAAAUGGAUGAUUUACGCCUUGGCUCACGUCUCUUCAGCUUUAAAACUAAGAUUGACGAUGCUGUUGCCUUAGUUCCUGGUAUGACAGCUGAAGAGAAACUUCGGGCUGUUCAAUGGUGGAAUGUCGUCUCUGAAAAACUCCAAGAAAUUGUGAAUGAUAGUGCUGCUGAUAUAAACGCUCUUGCUUCUAGAUUUGAAGAGGAAGAAUUGAGCAAUAAAAAUAACGAAUUAGCAGAAUCAAUCGAAAAUAAAAACUUUGAUAAUUUUGACUCAAGCUUGACGAAUGGUGCUAAUUUGACUACUCAAACUGAGGACGAAUCACUCGAUUUUCCUGAUAUUUCGACUGACAACUUGUCCAACAAUGAAUUAGACUCUCCAUCGUCGAAUUUAGCAAAUUCUAGAGAUCCUUCGAUUUCAAUCAAUUUAAAUAAUCCUGAAGUGAAUGUCGCUCAAACUGCAUCUCGUUUGUCAUCAAAUAUUGAGUCAACUCCAUCAAAUUCACAGUCUCUCAGCGAAACUAAUACCAAUGAAUCAUUAUCGAUUAAUGAAAAUCGUAAUAGAGCAAGAGAAUAUCAAAGUACCGAUCAGCUAUCCCUGGAGAGCGAAUCUCUUCACUUUUCUCCUGACGAUGUUGAUGGUUCUAUCAGUGAUUUAACUGACAUCAGUGCAGGAACUAAUGUUCUUUUCAACUUGGAGCAAACAAAUCGUACUAAUGUGAUUCAACCAGUUCCAAAACAACAUGCAAAUCAAACACUAGAAACAUCUAUGCAUGAUAGCAACUCUAGUCUAGCCGACAAUCUUGGAGUAGAAAGUGAGAAAAGUUUUAUUAGUGAAAGUGGAGAAAGCAGCUUAAAUAUCGACAGAUUUUCUCAUGUACCACUUGAUAUUGAAACGGAUACCAAUUCUCUGGAAACUUUGAUUGUUAACCAAACGGAUCCUGCUCAGUCAUUGUUAGAAACUUCGGUAGCCAAAUCAGUCGAACCAAACAUGAUUCCGUCCAAUCAAGAUACAAUCAAAGACAAUGAUGGUCAUAAAUGGGCUCUCACUAAAUCGUAUGGGUGUGAUGAGUGUGGAGCCAAAUUCUCCACUAAGGGUAACUUGUUAGUUCAUCAACGUCGACAUACCGGUGAAAAGCCAUUUGCAUGUGACAAAUGUCCUGCCAUAUUUUCGACCAAAGGAAACCUUAGACGACAUAUCAAAGCUCACAGUGGUGAACGUUCAUGGAAAUGUGAGAUCUGCAACUCAAAAUUUACGGAAAAGAAAAGUCUUAAAGUUCACAUGCGUCGCCACACAGGAGAACGGCCUUAUAAAUGUACCGUUUGUAAUAAAGCUUUUUCACAGACUGGAGUACUUCAAACUCAUAUGGCUCUUCAUUUAGAUGAGCGCAAAUAUUUAUGUGAAAUGUGUGGUAAAGCAUUUCGACAGAGAUCUCAAUUACGAUUACAUGUUUUACGACAUGAAGGGGUCAAGAAAUGGGAUUGCAGUAAUUGUUCGGCCAAAUUUUUAACCAAAGGAGAUUUGGAAAGACACUUUCGUAUCCAUACUGGUGAACGACCAUUCAUUUGUGCUCUAUGCGGAAAAACAUUUACUCGACAACAAUCUCUCAACGAACACUCAAAUCGUCACUAUGGUCUUAAGCCGUACAGUUGUGAUAUAUGUCAUAAAAAAUUUUCAGAAAUGUCGGCUUGUUAUAAGCAUAUCAAAGUUCAUAAAAAGCAAGAGCAAAAAGCAGAACUUGACAAUCCUGAUCUCGAUAAUCAAAAUUCUCAUUUUCCUUCAAUAUCUUCCUCGAAUGACGAUCACUUGUCAUCUCAGCCAACGAUAAACUAAAAACUGCCAAUCAUCAAAGAAAAUUUUCAUCAUCAUUAUCAUAAAGUGGCCAUUGUUACAGGUGCCAACAGAGGAAUCGGCAAAGAAGCUGCGAAAAAAUUGGUUCGGCGUGGUGCAAAAGUAAUUAUAGCUGCUCGAGAUGAAUCAAUGAGCCAAGAAGUCGUUCAAAGUAUCCGCCAAGAAACUGGAAAUGAAGAUGUUCACUUUUUACAUCUGGAUUUAGCAUCAUUCUCGUCCAUUAGAUCCUUUGCUACUGUUUUUAUGGCAACUCAUUCUCGACUGUAUAUAUUGAUCAAUAAUGCUGGCUUGGUGAGCCCAGCUGAUAAAAGGGC